UGGGAUGACGAGCUCCCUCGUUGUCCCACCUUCGCACACACAGGCCAAAUGAGCGCCGACAUCCUCGCCCGGUUCUACGGUCUCAUCUUCUUUAGCGCGAUUUUUAUCAUCGCCGCCGUCCGCGUCGUGAUCUCCCGGAGGAGUCAGACAAGUCCUGCAGUCCUGCCGGUGAGCCGUGCAUGACCAAGCGCUACGACGCGUGGUUCUGAUCUACGAAACAAUUAGGUGAACUCGCGCAGUGGCCGCAACGUGCGACCGAGCUCGAGAGACCGGAGUCUCAGUUCAGAGAUAAUGUCAUAUAAGCAGCCGCUGGCGCCCACCGCGCCGCCGGCCGAGGCGGUGGUUGUGACAGUCGAGCCGCCGUCGGGGCGGACGACCGCGGACGAAUUACGGAUGGGCGCGACGGCGAUGGCGCCGGACCAACACGAGCGAAAGUUCCAGACGGACGUUUGCGACUCAUUUAAUCACAGUGACUACCUUGGUACCGGCCUCGCGAGCUUUUGCUGUCCGUGCCAUAUGUGCGGCCAACUCAUGGAGAAGCAGGGGCACCGCGGGAGACACCGUUGCAUCACGACGUGUUGUGGUCUGCUUUUCGUCGCGAGCGUCGUGUUGCUGGUGUUAUCGGCGUUCCUCCGGGCAUGUGCCUCCUCGGCCCUUGCCGUUGGCGCGGUCCUCGCGGGAAUUUUUCUCCUCGGCCUCUACUGCAUCGGGUGGUCGCUCCGACGGCGCAUUCGGCGCAAAUGGGGUAUCCCGUCGCCGAGAUGCGCGUACGGCCUCGAGUCGCUCGACGUCUGUUGUUGGUGCGCGGGUUGCGACGACUGCUGUUGUAUGCUUUGGUGCGGGCCGUGCGCCCUCGACCAGCUGGCCCGCCAGGAAUACCUCGCGUCGAACGGCUACUCCGUAGAAUACGACUUCUACGCGACGACGGGCGUGGUUCCCGGCGUCCAGUACGCGCGGCCGCCGGUCUAAACACAGUUGUU